UGCUUGGCUUCACAUAAUAGUAAAAAAUAAUGACACACAUGUGUAACUUGUGUGCUAUAUGCAUUGUCUUGUAAAAUUCCCAAGAGUUUUAUAGAUAUCUUAAGAUCAGUGAAGAUUGUCUCAGAAGUCUCUUGAUAAUGUCGGAUCUUACGACAAACAACAGAUACAGUUUUGAUAACAUAAGCGCCGGCAGAUUGUUAACACAGAGUGUUACGCUCCCAAAGUCUCAGCCAGUACGUCUCAAGGCGCUUCUGCAUUUGUGUGAAAGCGAUGAGGACGAUGAUGAUGAUGAGACCGAGGAGAAACCCCAUCAAUCUGAGGAAGAGUCGGAUUUUGAGGAGCCUCUGCUGCAAGACGAUUCUUCCGAAGAUGUCCUACAGGAAACGCUUGUUGUUCAGGAAUUGAUGCCUAAAUCACGCAUCAAUUCCUCAUCGAUUGAGUCGCCGACGGAUGGAGUUUUGAAAACUACGUGCACAUUGCCAAAAGAGACUCUUGAAGUUGUGACCAACACUCCUUCUGUACAAAGAGAAAUAGACUUUGCAACUGAUAGGGAACAACGUAAAGUCAGCGAUGUAAACGAUUCGAAUAAACCAGAAAUUUAUAGCUCUAAAUACGAAGAAAAAACACAGGAAUCUCACAGUGAAACGUUUGCUUCGAGGAGUCAGGUGGACACUGUUCAUAAUCGCUCAGCGAAUAUAGCAUUACCUCCGCCAUCGCUCUCGGUUUAUAAAGGGGAUUAUAACACGAAGCUCGAUACGAAUAAGAAUCUGCAACCAAUAAACAGCAAUCAGGUGCACCACGAAAAUGCCUACAUGUCAGAUAUAUUAAAUAAAAGAAAGGAAGGAUCCGUAUAUAAUACAUCGGUGGAUAAUAAGAUAUUAUUAAGAAAUAGCGAACUGAAUCUGAACAAGGAUGACCAACGAUAUAAAAACACGUAUGGUUUUACCGAGCAGGCAAAUAAAGAUGUUGAGGAGGAAUCUCACAAGGUUCCGAACUCUCUGUCGGAAUCUGCCACCUGCACUUCUCAGACAUCUGAAAACCUGAUGCAUCCCGCAAGAUAUAGUUCACAGAAGAAUAUGACGAAAUACGAAGCGAAUGAGAAGUAUACACCGGCGAAAAAUACAGUCCGUACGGAAUUCAGCACACCCUCGCUGAACGAAGCGAGCAAGUCGUUAACCGUGAUUAAUCGCUUGACCUCGGAAACUCCGUUAAAGCACGUGCAAGUCAGUGCGCAUCCGAAUCCGUGCAUAUCACACAAGCAGCUGUUUCAAACUCCGCAGAGCAAACUAUCUGGCGACCUGAACAAGAAUCAAGUUCAAACUCCUUCCACGAUAUUCCAGUCCAGUUGGUAUCAUAAUACACCGAUGGAAGGCAAGAGCUUUAUUGCGAGGGACCAUGUGCAAAUGUCUAGGAAUGCAAUUCGCACACCUAUCAUGGAAAAACCGGAUUCUUUGAGAUACUUUGGAAUGGAUGCCAAAAAUGUAAGGCGACCUUUAACAGAUGCUACAUUGAUGCACGGUGAUUCCUUGGCUCAUUCUUUGGAAUCAAAGCCGCUUUUGUUGCACACACGCACCGAGGCAAAAAACGUUACAUCUGAGCCCCAACCAGAGGAAGAUAGAACUAGAAAGACGAUUGGACUAUCGGAUAUAAAAUUAGUACAGACAGAAACAAAUUACGAUAAUGAUUUGAAAUUGGGGAAACCUAUCGAGGAAGUGAAGGAGAAUAAACAGUUUGAUAUGUUGGGAAAUAGUAGAAAGACUGUGCAAAAUAAAAAUGAAGGCAAACAGAUGAUAAUCGGUUCCAAUACGGACAUAAAAUUAAUACAAGAUUCUCGGAAGUACAGCGGGGAGCAUAACGUCAUUCCGAAUGCGGACUGCAAGAAUCCGCAUUACUCAGUCCGCGAUAGACAACCCAAGGAGAUCCCACAAAUAAAUAUAAUUGAUAAAAUGGCAAACGUGCAGUUCACCGUACCGUCGAGCAUUCCCCCACAACGGCAAGGCAAAACAUUAAUCGUAAAAGAUACAGAGUACACGAUCCUAGGCUCCCUCGGCCGCGGAAUGAGCGGCGAGGUUCUGCGAGUGCAGAAUACAUCCUGCGGUGAGUUACGCGCCAUCAAAUGCGUUGACCUGAGCAAAAUGGACAAAGACUCGGCCCAAGGCUGCUUGGAUGAGAUUUCCAUGCUGCAUAAGUUACAGGCACCCUGUGUUGUCAAAAUGUUCGACUAUCAAAUCAAAGACUCUAUGGUUUAUGUGGUAAUGGAAAUGGGUGAUACCGAUCUCAGUCGACUCUUAAAAUCUAUGUCCCAAGAGAAGCAAAUUUCUCUCACGAUGAUUCUGUAUUAUUGGACUGAAAUGCUUACGGCUGUAAAACACAUACACGAUAAUGGAGUCAUACAUUCAGAUUUGAAACCAGGGAACUUUUUAUUAGUACGAGGUCGACUCAAAUUAAUAGAUUUCGGAAUUGCCUCCAGUAUAAAUUCGGACAUGACAUCCGUUGUAAAAAAUAAUCCGAUUGGAACGUUAAAUUACAUUAGUCCUGAAGCCUUAAUGGACAUUGGUGGAAACUCCGAUUCGCCUACGCACAAUGUUAAAUAUAAGAUAAGUUUCAAAUCAGACGUAUGGUCAUUAGGAUGUAUCUUGUACAGUUUGGUGUAUGGGUACACGCCUUUCCACCAUAUACGUUCUCAGUGGGCAAAGGUAAACGCUAUAACUAAUCCGAAACCGAACAUUUCGUUCCCGGCCACGACAAACAGUGAGGAUCGUCAGAGUUGUGAACGCGCGCCGCCUAUUCUAAUCGACGUAAUGCGGAAGUGCCUCCAGCACGACCCGAAAGCAAGACCUACGGUGUCACAACUGUUGCAGGUGCAAUAUGUGCCUACCACGCCGAAUACCGCACAGACUUCGGUGCCUUCCAACAUACCAGCGAAUGUCCUCGUGAAGAUAAAGCAUGCUCUGAACGAGGACGAAUGGCGACUAUUAGUCCAGGUAUUGGACACAAAGCGACAUCAUACAUAA